CAUGUCAACAGCACCUUUAGAAAUAUAUUUACUUAGACAAAUUGUGAUGUGUUCAGUACUUAUUUUACCCACUGUAAAUAGCAAUGUUGGCAGGUAAUUCAAGUUGUGUUUCUGGUCACCCGAUGAAUGUAAGUCCUAUAUAUAGUCUCCUUUUUGCUCUAUAUACACCAUGUCCUGAGAAGAAAACUCUUUUAGCUAUUGUCUAUACUGCUGGGCAGGUGGUUUAUCAGUUUUGGUUUAGUCUUUCUUGAGAUACCAUCACAGGGAUGUGUUUUUCAUUAAAACAUCAUUUGCUCAGUGUUUUACCCCCAAGUCUUUUAUUUGCUCUGCCUGCAGGGAGCUGAAGAAAGGAAAUAUAGGUCUUACAGUGGGCAUGAUAGGCAAAAAAAUGAAGCGUGCUUUGGGUGGUUCAGUGGACCUUGGCCUGACAGGAAACGACGGAGUGGUGCAUCCCAGCUUGGCAGAGAGUGCAAAGAAGUUGGAGCUGAAUGUCAACUUUUUUGGAGCGACUGUGGAGAGCCUGCUGUACCGAUAUGGGAAGACCAUAGUGGAUGAACAGCUCAUCCUGAAGAGAGUAGCAGAUGUGCUGAUCAACCUCUACGCCAUGACAGCUGUCCUGUCUAGAGCCAGCCGCUCCAUCAGCAUUGGCCUCAGGAAUCAUGACCAUGAGGUGUGUACGCACGCGCACACAGACACACACACACACGAAGCAGAGCAGAACAAAUCCUCAGAGAGACAUUAGAGGUGGCCUUGGAUGCUAGGUAUUAUCCAAUUUUGCAACAUUCUCCUGUUUCAGAUAAGGUGCUGUAGUCCUCCUAAGGUAUUCUUUUCCACUG